AUGGGCAUCCAUACUCCACAAUGCGGCGCGGUACACGAAUAUCACGAGGUACUCUCGCGCGACGAAAAGGAUGGCCGGCCUCGCGGCUGCGACGAGGAGCAAAUCCUUGGUCCAAGACAUGAAGCCACGCUCCUCAGUACUGGGAUGCUAGGGGUGGCUUAUAAUACUUGUGGACAGUGGAAGGAAGCAGAAGAGAUCUUGGUGCAAGUUAUCAAAGCCAAUAGACAGGUCUUGGGACCGACGCACCAUGAUACAUUGACCUGCAUGGCGGUUCUAUCCUCGACAUACCUGCUCCUAGGCCAGAAUAAAGAGGCCGAGGAGCUAGAAAUGCCGGCUGUCACGGCAACCCAUAAGGAGGUUUUUGGCUCCAAGCACCCGGAAACGCUGGUCAGCAUGAACAACUUGGCCGUGACAUAUAUCCGCGAGGGCUUGUAUGAUGAGGCAGAAGUGAUAGAGGCGCAGGUGUUGGAAACGAGCAAGGAGGUCCUAGGCCUCCAUCACCAGGACACGUUGCCCAGCAUGAAAAACAUGGCUCUGAUCUACGCCGGACAAGGCCGUCUCGCAGAAGAAGAAGGAGAUGCAGGCGAUAGAGACUAG